CCGUCCUCGCAUACAAGUCAGCAUGCUGCACCUGGCUAACCGAGAACAGAAGCUUACAGUCCGGAGGAGACAACAAUUCUAUCAUCUGAAGUGCAGCUGAAGAUAUCCUCACAGGCUUUGGGUUUCUUCUGGCUGAGUAGAGGUCUACGAUCACUGGACUAUUUUGCCGUGCACGUAAAAGAAGAAAAAAGAAAACUAAAAAAUUAUCAUGGAUGUCGAAAGUCUCAAAAAGAGUGGAAGUUCACGUGUGAGGUGCCUGGACGCGUUUCUGGUUGUUUCCAUUGUGUUGCUGUUCGCGGCAGUCGGGGUGCUGACGGUGGGACUCUUCUUUGGGACGAAGGCUGAGACAGCGUCCAGCCCUCAGCCCUACGCCUCUGAUGUCGGGGACAAGAUACAGAACGUUGCCUACCUGCAACCAGACUCACCCGACCUGAAGAACGGCACCAUGCGGUGGACGGCUGCAAGCCGCGGAGCGGGGACCUCCGUGGGAAGCCUCUUCGACUUCAACCCAGACCACCACUCUAUCAGGACGACGCGGGACGGCCACUACUUCAUCUACAUCGAGCUCAAGCUCACCUGCUCAACGCAGGAGUGCGACGCCGGUCGGUUCACCGUGAGCAUCGGUGACCGCCUCACGUGCAACUUCGAGCUGCCUGAGUGGAAGGAAACGACCCCCGUCUACCGGAAGUGCUGGCAGGUGACCAGGAUGGACAACGGGACGCGGUUGGUCACUCAGAUGACUGCCCAGCAGCAGCUGAACAAAUGGAGGAUCGACGUGGCCGCUUCCGAACAGGGGAUCUACCUAGUGGGUUAGGGUGACCCACCAGUGGACUGAGUGAACCGCCAUUGGACUGAGUGACCCUUGACCCACCAGUGGACUGGGUGCUCCACUCAAGGAGGACGGUCAAGGCCAGUUGAGGAUUUACUUUUUGGUGGUAUUAUAACGGUGCAAGAGGUCACAGCCCCCGGACGAUUUGAACCAGAACACUGAAAGAAAGGCCCUAAUAAGCUGUUAGUAUCGGGACAGUGGCCAUCAAUCCAACAAGUUUUAUAAAAAGAAAAAGAUAAUGCUACAGAGUAGGCCUAUCGUAGGCCUAUUUGCACUUGAUGUUGGUUCAAUAGUUUGUUCAUUAGUUUGCUAUUUAUUGAUGUAAUUUAUAAAAUGUAUGUAUUCCUAUAUGCAUGCGGGCAUUGCGUGUGUUUAUCAAGCUAUUUCGUAUAAGAAAUGUUUUUGGAUCUAGAUAACACUACAUUAGUGUUGACGUGUAGUGCACUGCAAUUGUUUGUUGGGUUGUGACCUAAUAUUUCUGUUUUUAAUUUGUACUAAUUCAUUGUUGAGCUUAGACUGAGGGCGUGUGCAUUAAUGAUCCAUUUAAGUUUAUGUUACAAAUAUUUAAUAUUGAUCUAUUUAGGGGACAAUCUAAAGCAAUGUGUUGCUUUUGUUCUGAGAGAAGUUACGUCCUAUGGACAAACUGGUACGUUGAGGUAUCAACGUACGGUAUUCCAUAUUUGGAAUGGAAAUUGGCCUACAUUUGUUCUGUACAAAUAUGCAGUUGACGUGUGAUGUGGCCAACAAAUGAAAUGGUUGGAAAUCUGAAAAUAAAAGGUGUGAAUGUU